AUGCCAGCUACCAGAAAAGACGUCCGUGGCACAGUUUGGUUUGGAAAAGCAAGAUUACCUGUGGCAUUGACGGAGAAUGCGCCCGUGCUGGAUCCCUCUGAUCGGACUCGGGCCGACCAGCCAUCCAACCGUUCGCUUUCUAGUCCAAAAGUAUCCACUCAACGGCAAUCCACUCACCAUCCUGUUCUGCGCGAGAUCGUGCUACAAGACCCUUGGGAGAUGUACGAGCCUUGCGCAAGCAUUUUCUACGGGCGGCCAAUGAUCUUGGCUAGGCACCGAACGUGUAAGAUGGACUUCAUCCAUGUUCAGGUGUGCACCGUGGAACGAUCUACGAUAGAGGUCAUGAUCCAGGCGAUUGACCAACAUGCCCACCGCAGCUUUCCGCGACUUCUCAAUGUCCUUCAACAUGGCAAACACUAUUACUUCAUGUGGGAGCCGAUCGAAUUCUCCCUCAAUGAGGUCAUAGCGUCCACGUGCCAGAUCACCGAAAAGGAACUGGCACAGAUUAUCUGGCCCGUCCUCAAGGGUCUUCGAUUCCUACGCGAUCAAGGGAGGGAAUUAGCCAGUCUAACCCCGCGAGAUAUACUGUUUACAGAGGGAGGUAGCGUAAAGAUCGCCGGUGUCGAAAACAGCCGCAAAUUUGACAGUUCAAAAGCCGACGCAAUGGCGUCUAAUCUCAGUGCUCUCGUGGCAAUCGUGGAAAGGUUGAUGCGGAAAAAUGGCGCAGACUUCACCUGGAGCCCGGACGCACUGGGCUUCAAGGCUGUCUUGGCAGAGAGAACUUCCGCAAGAUCCUUGGAUGAUCUAUUGCGACACCCAUAUUUUGGGCACAUGGACGGGGAGGGUGGCCUUACACUUCUAGUUCGCCUGGUCAACAAAACAGCAUACCACGAAGUGAAAGUCUGCCGAGCCAUCCCGUCUUGCAACGCGGAAACGGACAGUAAAUCUGUGGGGAUGUCUACACGAUAG